AUGGAGGAUCCAGACACCAAUUUAUUUCAGACCCGCAAAGGACACCGAAUAGAACAGAUGGUUGUGAGAUGGCUACGACGGUCACGAGAUAAUUCAUCCCGUGCAAGGAUCUCUACUGAGGAGAGUCCUCCUAUUGGACCAAAUCAGUAUGGUUGCUUCUUGAAUCUAACGUUAGAGAUAAAAAAAGAUCCUUAUUUUGAAAACUAUGGCUUUGAUAUAUCUCAAAAUCUACCCCUUACCGUUACCGUUGUCAAUGCAGGAGGUCCAGCUGAAGGGAAGCUUUUACUAGGUGACCAGAUAUCUGCAAUAAACAAUGAAAAUGUGGAAAACAUUCAUGCUCAGAAAGCAUCCGACAUGAUCAGAGAUUCUGCUGACACCAUUAAUAUAACAGUUCUUCGAAGUACCUCAAGUCCCAAGUCUUCCUUUCUUACUGCGGAAAAGAGGGCCAGAUUAAAAAGUAAUCCGGUAAAAGUACGAUUUGCAGAAGAAGUAAUUGUCAAUGGACACACUCAGGGGAAUUCGCUUCUUUUCAUGCCUAAUGUCCUUAAAAUCUACCUAGAAAAUGGUCAGACAAAGGCUUUUAAAUUUGAAAGGAAAACAACUGUGAAGGACAUGAUCAUGACCCUCAAGGAGAAAUUGUCAAUCAAUAUAAUUGAGCACUUUGCACUAGCUCUAGAAGAGCAAUAUAACAUCACAAAGCUUUACCUUCUUCGCGAAGAGGAGCUUAUCGAACAGGUAGUACAGAAGAGAGAGUCCCACGACUAUAGGUGUCUUUUCAGAGUUUGUUUUGUACCCAAAGAUCCCCUUGAGCUUCUGCAGGAGGAUCCAGUUGCCUUUGAAUACCUUUACUUACAGAGCUGCAGUGAUGUGCUUCAAGAAAGAUUUGCGAUGGAGAUGAAAUGCAGUGUUGCUCUACGCCUGGCUGCCUUACAUAUACAAGAGCGUAUUCACACUUGUGGACAGCCACAAAAGAUAUCAUUCAAGUACAUUGAGAAAGACUGGGGAAUAGACAACUUUCUCUCUCCAACAUUACUACGUAAUAUGAGAGGGAAAGACAUAAAGAAAGCCAUCAGCUUUCACAUUAAGCGGAACCAGUGUAUUCUUGAACCAAGACAGAAGCAACCUGUAUCUGCAGCUCAAAUCCGGUUACAAUAUUUAAAGAUUCUUGGAGAUCUGAAAACCUAUGGAGGGAAAAUUUUUCAUGCUACAUUAAUGCUGCAGGACAGAGAAUCGUACGUCACACUUCUUGUUGGAGCAAAGUAUGGCAUCAGUCAGAUUAUUAAUAACAAGCUUAACAUUAUGAUAACUUUAGCUGAAUUCUCUAACAUCAGCAGGCUAGAGCUGACCCCGGAGUCUGAGAAAGUGAGCCUAGUAAAGGUUUAUCUACAGGAUGUAAAGCCACUUUCUCUAUUGUUGGAAUCAAAUAAUGCCAAAGACAUCGCAUGUCUCAUUUCUGGGUAUUGUAAGCUGCUAGUGAGUCCUGCUUCAUCUAUAUUUGAAUGGUGUCCUCAAAGCCAAGUUCAUCGUAUUUCUACCGAAGAAGGAUAUGAAUCCAGAGCAUGCAGUGAUUCUGAGGAGUCAUCAGAUAUUGAUUCGUCUUUAGACCUCUCAUCAGAACGCCAGUUUUUAAGACAACGCAAUAUUAAACCUUUGCUGGAAGAAGAGGAAGAAGAUGAAGAAGUGCAAGUGCCGAAAAAAGCUGAAGAAUCACAAAAAAGUGCUGUCAUUGAGGAGAACCAAUGCGAUUGUGGAAACAAUGAUACUGACAGUAUUUCUGAAGCUUCUGAUUCAGCCAACACAGGAAGCCAGGGUUACAAAAUUAGCUGGUCCAGUGACUCGAUCGAUGCUUUGGAAGAGGAUGACCUAGAGACCUGUUCUUCUAGCCGGCCAGAGUUCUUCCAAUUCUAUACCCCCAUCUUAAAUGAUGUAACUACAGAAGAUCAGGGAGUUUUUGCUGAUAAUUCCGAUGUGAAAUGCAAAGGAGAUGGGUGUGAAGAAUCAGAUCCAUUGCUUUGUUUUUUGCAGAUGGCCAAUAGCAGAGAAACCACUAUAAUGGAUGCUAAGGAAAAACCUAGAUCACCCAAAGAUGCAGACUGCCACGAGGACAACGAAAUCCUCAUGUUUCCUGGAUGUCAGCUUUCAGAAAGCAAUGUUAUGGAAUACUAUAGUCUCUGCUCAAAUGUCUCCCCUGCUAGUAGUGUGGACAGGAACAUUCCUAGUAGCCCUGAGAGCAACUGUGUUCAAGAUUUAAUACCAGAAAGUAAACUAAAGGAAAAGGGCCACAGGCGGAAAACAUAUAAUGAGGUUAAUGCGCUUAUUCUUGAGCCUCCUCCGGGUUUUGGUGAUAGCAGUUCUGAAGAAGAGUUCUUUGAUGCUACAGACAGAUUUACACCGACACUAACCUCUCCAGGCACACAAUCGGAAACAUCAUUUCUCUAUCCAGAUAGUGCAUCAAGUAGGUCAAAUGUGCAAAAUUCUUCUGAGAAAUUCAGAAAAGAAAAGCCAUCAAAAAAACCAUCAAAGAUGUUACGGAAAAGAAGAUCAUACUUGCAGACGGACUAUACCUCUCAGGUCACAUUCCCUUUGUCCCCCUCCAACUCUUUGGAGAACAUGGACCAUGUAUGUUGCUUUGAAAAAGAAUCUCACUUUUCUACAGAGUCCCAUUCUCUUACAGUUUCUUCAUUAAAAGAUAUUGAGGCUGAACCAGCUCUGCUUGAGACAAAACCACUUUCACGCAAACCCAUAUUAAAGUCCAAAAGUAGAACACAUUCACCAAACCUAAUGGAAAUGGAGCCUGACACCAUGGAGACCAAGUCAGUUACUGAAUCUGUAUCAUCUUCAAUAUCAGCUAUACGUUUCAAAAGUGACUCUGGAGUCACAGAAAGAACCCAGAAUGGUAAAUAUGGUGUCCAUGGAUGUAGUAAUGCAGAUAACACACCCAACUGUUAUAUUUCUGAAGAAAAUGGCCGAGUUAGUCCAUCUCAAAUAUCACUCGAGCUGGACAACACUGAUAUUUGUGGCCUCUCACACUUUGCCUUGGUACCAGAUGAUCACACUACAGACGGCAUAACAAGACAUACGGAGGACAUCACAGAGGGUGCUAAGGCUGUAUUUGGAAACAUAUUUGAAAAUGAAGUAGAAAAGGAAAUAAACAUUGUUUCUAUGUUGUUGUCCACUCCCAGUGACAGAAUGUUACCAUACAUUGCACAUUCAGAAGCUCCCCAACAGUCCAAGCACGAACCAAUCAAAAAUGAGUUUAUGAAUUCUGAAGGAGACAUUUCAGAAAUAGAAACAGUUGGUAAUGAGAGUUCUCAAAGUUCCAAACCACGAAAGUUGUUUAGUUUCCCCAGUGCUACAGACUUACUUUCUGAGUUCAAGGGAAUUGCUGACCUUUUUACCAGUUUUCCUAUAAACUCCUUUAAAGAUGCAGGGGCUGCAGUAACCAAAGGACCACCUUGUGAAGAGACAGUGCAUCUCUUAACAAACCAAGAGCCAGACUACCUAACAUCAAUGGACUCAACAGAUAUGACAAGGAAUUCCAAUGAGAGGAAGGGCUGCUUGUCUCCAUCGAUGUGUUCCUCUGCAGGGGAUACUCUGGAACUCUGUUAUGAUGAAAAUCAUAAAAUAAUAGACUCAUGUGCUGAAACCAUAAACUCCGAUAAAGGCUCUGAGGGACUUUUACUAAAUAAAAAGAACUGCAUUUCAGAAGCACAGUUACUCAUACCAAAAAGUCCAGACUAUGCCAGCAAGAGUAUUAGGCGGAUGGAAGUAUUAGAAAACAGAUGUGUAGAUCUUUAUGAUUCAGAACAAAAGAGCCCUAAGAUCUCCAAAGUAGGAAGCUGUAGCUGCAAUUUAUCCUACGCCAACUGUUUUCGCCCUAUAGACGAUGAUGCCGAGGAUGAACUUAUUGACUUUGCUGGAACUGUGUCACUAUCACCCCGGACAAUACCACCUAGAUCUGGAAAUUCUUUCUUUGGAAAUAAUACUCUUCUUUCUAGCAAAAACUCACCCUCUAUAGAGCACUGUGAAGCUCUGGAUCUCUUAAGAACCAGAAUACAUGAUUCCCCUAUGGGCUUUGGCAAGCUGAAAGACAUUGUCCUGGAUCUUCAAAACAUUUUAGAGGAAUAUAAAAACAAGCGUAAACCACAUGCAGAGAACAAAUGUGCUGCUCUGUUCUCAGAACAAAAAUCUAGUCUUUGUAUUGUUUCUCGGAAUGUCAUGUCCGCAUCACAGAAAGUGCUUAGACCAAAUCAAACUUCAGAGGAGAUUUACCAAGCUGUGGAAGAAACAUUCUACAGUUUGUUGCACAUGACAGAUGUGUGUCUCCAAUUUUCCAGUUGUAUAAAAUGCAACAAAAGACAAACUGAUGUCCAGACUAAUCUCUGUGAUUUAAUAUGCACAUACCACCAGUUUGUACAAGCAGCUAAGAAGGCUGCUGAGAGGGAAGACCAGGAAUUGCAUCUCAAACUGCUUUCUCGCCAGUGCACUGCACUUACUGCUGCUAUUUUUUGCCUGACUCAGCAAUUUAGGACAUUAUUAUCCCUAUAAAGUAAUAUCAGUGUUUCCCUCUUUAUAAUGUGUCUAUGAAAAUAUUUUCAUUGACACUAGAAAACCACUUAGGAUUUUGCACAGAUUUGCGCUAAGAAAUGACUGUAGAACCUUAUAGAAGCUUUAAGCCGUGUCUAAAGGCACAUAGGGGGUUAUUUCCGAAAGGCAAAUUCACUUUGCAUGACAAGUGCAC